AUGUCUCAGCGCAGACGUUGGGUGCUGGAGGUUCACCUGCGUGAGAAGCAUCCGGGCAUCUCGGCUGAGUCCGUUCUGGGUCCGUCUCCGCUCACUCACAGACAUAUCAGACGCUCUGCUCCGCAGAACAGAGGCAACAGGGCAAAAACUGUCGGCACUGUCCGCAAAACAGGCUCGAAGCCCAGGACCGACCCCCGCUCAAACCCUCCUGAGAGCCCGGCAGAGGAGGUCGUGGUGACGAAACGAGAAAUGGACCACUCAGAGGACAAAGAUGCCAGUCUGGAGGAGUCCGGUGAUGACCUUGUUGUGCAGCUUAAGUUCCUACCUCUCACAGACCAUUUGUUGCGGACGAAGAGGGAGGAGGAGGAGGAGCAAGUCUACGGUGACACCGAUCUGGAGGACUCCGAGGGCUCGAUCAUUCAGCAUCUGCGUGGAAGUAGCCAGACGCGGUCGCCUUCCCCAUCGGGGGACCCCCAUACAAACUCCCACACUGACCCGCUUCACACGCAGCCCUGA